AAAAAAUAAUCAGGUUAUGUUGCAUCUUGGCUGAGGAACAAAAAGUCGCGCCGGUCCUUUUACAUCGAGCAUCUGUGUAGUAGUCAUGUCUGGUGCUGUCACAAUUCGGACUCGGAAGUUUAUGACCAACCGGCUUCUGCAGAGGAAGCAAAUGGUCGUUGACAUUAUACAUCCAGGUAGACCAACUGUUGCCAAAGCUGAAGUUCGGGAGCAACUUGCCAAAGUGUACAAGACGACUUCUGAUGUUGUUAUGGCGUAUGGAUUCAAGACGCAGUUUGGAGGGGGAAGAACAACUGGUUUUGCAUUAAUCUACGACACACUGGAUUAUGCUAAGAAAUUUGAGCCCAAGUACAGACUGAUCAGGCAAAAAUUAGCUGAGCCAUCUGGUCGGCCAUCUCGUAAACAGAGAAAGGAAAGGAAAAACAGACAAAAGAAAGUUCGGGGAACUGCAAAAUCCAAGGUUGGAGCAGGAAAGAAGAAGUAAACAGUGUAUUGCAAUGGAGAUGCACUUCAAAUACUUUUUCUUGUUUACUGACAUAUGACAAAAAUAAAACAUUCAAAAACUA